AUGUGUGAAGCACAAAAGACACGCGGCUUUGAGUAUAUCGACGAGCAUUCAAUCAGGGACGAGCUCAAGUGCAGCAUUUGCACUGAACCAUUCAUCGAUCCUGUAGUGACAUCGUCUUGUGAUCACACCUUCUGUCGUUCAGGCAUUGAAAAUGCACUAAAGAGGAAGGCUGCCUGUCCCGAUUGUCGUCACGAGCCGCUCUCAUCUGGUGAACUAAAGCCGUCGGGUCGUAUUCUCUUAAAUUUACUCAAUCGACUUUUGGUAAGAUGUACGAACUGCUGUCAAACCAACAUUCAACGAGGACUUUUUGAUGAUCACAUCAAAAAAUUGUGUCCAAAAGUAGAUGUAGCCUGCUCAGCUGCGGAUCUCAAGUGCGAGUGGAGGGGGCCACGCGAUCAGCUCUCGAAUCAUCUUGCGAAUUGCAUGAUUGAGCCAAUGAGACCUAUUCUUGGCCAGUUUAUUCCUAUUACAGAGCGCAUCGAUCGCAGUGAACGUGAAAAUGAGCAACUCAAGUUGAAGGUGGCUGCUCUCGAGCAACGGUGCAACGAGCAUGAAAUCGAAAUUCAACAAUUGAAACAGAAGAUGACCGAGAAGAUGAGCCGAACAGUCAUCGAAAACCUCCGAUUCCAUCCGACUUUGCAUAACCCAAAUGUCACUAUUUCCGAAGCUGGCCUCAAAGCUGUUACCCCCGCAAGCGGCUGUACUCGGUGUAUGUAUGCAAAAGUAAAUGAUGUUUCGUGGCAACAUGGACGUCAUUAUUGGGAAAUCACAUUAGAAACGUUGGCUGGUUGUUACGCAUCGAUGGGUGUUGCCAUAUCCGGAUGGACUGCAGAUAAACGUAUAGGUGAUGAUUCUUAUAGUUGGGCUUUAAGGAUCUAUAAUAAUCAUAGUAGUCAUGAACAUUCUGGAUUGCGGCACGAUGGUAAAUCUUCCGAUUAUUAUAAGUUAUUUCCUGUGGGCACUCGUGUUGGAGCACUGCUUGACUCGGACGAAGGCACUCUCGAGUAUAUUGUUGAUGGGGCGAAGAAAGGUAAUGUACAUAUUAAAUCUAUAAGUGCUGACACCAGCGACUUCUUUAUACUCAAAUAG